AUGGCGUUGAAGAGAAUCAACAAGGAACUUACAGACCUGGGCCGUGACCCUCCGUCGUCGUGUUCUGCUGGUCCUAUCGGAGAUGAUUUGUUCCACUGGCAAGCUACCAUUAUGGGUCCCUCGGAUUCGCCAUACUCGGGAGGUGUCUUCUUCUUAGCUAUCCACUUCCCUACCGACUACCCAUUCAAGCCACCGAAGGUCAACUUCACCACUCGAAUCUAUCACCCCAACAUCAACUCCAACGGUUCCAUCUGCUUAGACAUCCUCCGUGACCAAUGGUCCCCUGCAUUGACAAUCUCAAAAGUCCUGUUGUCCAUUUGCUCCAUGCUCACCGACCCCAACCCCGACGACCCAUUGGUCCCCGAAAUCGCACACGUCUACAAGACCGACCGUUCCCGAUACGAGGCGACCGCUAGAGAGUGGACACGUAAAUAUGCCAUCUAA